AUUGUCUUUGGCCUUUAUAACGUUAUAAUAUAACCCAACAAUGUCUAAAAUCAAUUAGGUGUUCCUUCUUCUCUUUGAUGAAAAGAAAAAAGGUUAGCAAAAUUAUGAAAACUCUUACCUUAAUUCUCACGUUCUCCGUAAUUGUUUUAUCGCAUGCAACACCAACAUUGCUAACUCGGAUUAAACCUCAAAUGAAGCAAUCUUCUGCGCUUGACGAUGCUCAACUACAACCACAAAAUUUGGAUAAAUUGAAUUGCAACUACAGAGUUGCUAUAAAGACAAGUUGUCUUUCUCCACUUAUUACAAAUGACAGAAUCACUCUUUUAUUUGGAAACGCUACACGCUAUGAGACGGUUUAUGUUGAGAAUGUGGGUGGUCCUAAUAGUAAAACUAGGUUGGAGCCGUGCAAAACAGAUGUAUUGGACUUAGAGGGACCUUGUGGAUACAACAUCUGCAAAGUGUUGAUAUAUAGAAGUAGACCCCAUAAUGGGGUACGAAGGCCUAAUGAUGAUAGGUGGAUAGUAGAGUCUGUGACCAUAGAUGACUAUAGGAAGCCUCCUAUCACAUUUUACUACAAACCUAAUUAUAUUAUUCCUGAUGAUGGUUUUGGAUAUGGCCCCAACUAUUGUCAUAGAGAUUAGUGUUAAUUACAUUCCUAAAAUAAUAUUAUAUGGACUCUUUAUGUCUUCUUCUUUUUUUUUUUUUUUUUUUAUAAUAAAGAUAAACUUAUUGUAUUUUAUAAAAAUUAAAACCAACAUAAUAUGUAUGGAAGUUAGUCUCGAAAUAAGGUUGCUUCUAAUAAGUGUUUUAUAUAGUUAUUCAAUGUAACAAAUUUUGGUGAAACAUUAAUAUAUUAUAGAGCAAAUAGUCA